AUGACUUUGGCUCGGGGUUAUCGACAGGGUGUUUCCGUCGGCAUCUCCACUACACCAAGUUGGACUCCACUACACGCAGCAGCCUGUUGCGGCAAUGUUGACUUGGUGGAGUAUCUGUGUGCUGAAGGUGCCGAUAUCUCGGUGACUAAUAGCGACAAAGAAUUGGCCGUUGAUUUAGCGGAAGAAGAUGAUUGUCGUUUAGUUCUGGAGGAGGAACAUCAGCGACAAGGCAUCGACCCGGAUGAAUGCCGCAACAGGGAACUAGCGAUGAUGAAGCGUGAUGCAGAACAAUGGCUAAAAGAUGGUCAAAUCCAAGAUCGCCCACAUGCUCGUACUGGCGCAACCGCUCUUCACGUUGCCGCCGCUAAAGGAAUCGAAAGAUUUUUUUUAACAAGGGAUGAAAUAAGAAUUAUGAGUUAG